AUGAAUACAUUCAUUGUAUUUGCUUGUUUAAUUGCUGUCGCAUUUGCUAGUGGCAAAAAGUGUGAAUGGCCCAAACAGGACUUUCUAGAUAUCAUCCACUUUAACGAAUGCGAGGGUAAGGAUGCGUCCAACUAUACAUUGGUUCACACCUAUCAAAAUGAUGUGUUGCCCCGAACCAACAAAAUCAGAGGAAAUGUGGACAAUCUGGUCCAAGGAGACAGUCAUCACGGACAACUGGCCAACAAUCAACUCCGAGUUCUGGCCCAUUCCACUUAUCCCGCUGGAGCCUUUGCUCAACUGGAGACCCUUUGGGUUGCAAUUGCCGGUCCUCUUGAAGGCAAAUAUCUGUACGAAAAGACCAUUAUUUUGCUUCAAGACUACAUUAAGAAGCGAUCGUCUGUUUUGGGCUAUUCCUAUGUGACAACUAAGAGCUCAUCCCUAUUGAUCAACGAACGACUCGAACUCCAAGUUCUCAUUUCACCCACCGGUGGAUAUGAAGUGUUCAAAAAGGGAUGCACUACUAUCUGCCGGGGAAAUGGUUAUACCGUUUAAUUUAAUGAAUGUAUUUUAA